AUGUCUGGCCCAGACCGGCAAUUGCGCCUGAAAGAUCUCAUUGACGAUCGCGACCUUACCUUCGAAGAGGAUCUCCUUCGCGACGCACAGUCACUCCGCAGAUGGCUUCGCUAUAUCGCACACAAACUCUCCCUCUUUGCGCAUGACCAGCAAGUCGGCCCCGUCGUCUUUGUCUACGAACGUGCAUGUCGCGCAUUGCCAGGUAGCUAUAAGCUAUGGAAGGCCUAUCUCUCCUUUCGGGUAGAUUUGGUAAAAGGCAUGCAUCCUAUACGCUCUGCAGAUGAAUUCGAAAAAGUCAAUCGAUGCUUUGAGCGUGCGCUGCCUUUGCUCAAUAAGAUGCCGAGACUUUGGACUGACUACCUCGACUUUCUCAUGCAGCAACCGCUAUUGACGCGUACAAGGCGGACCUUCAAUCGAGCGCUACAAGCAUUACCUUUGUCGCAGCAUGAUCAAAUUUGGAAACGCUUUCGACCAUGGUACUUGUCGGCUGGUGGAAGAACAUCACAGGUCGUCAUGCAGCGGCAUAUGCAGAUUGACAAGUCGCUGAUAGAGGAGCUCAUUGCCCAUCUCAUCGAACAAGGGGACGUCAAUGCCGCUGCAAAGCACUACCUUCGCAUCUUGAGUAACCCACGCUUCAGAUCAGCAGAGGGUAAAUCGCAAUUUCAGCUCUGGUCAGACUUUUGCGACUUGUUGGUUCAGAAUGCGCGACGGAUUCGGGAUGUUGAUGUCGAAGUCGUUAUUCGUGGUGGUAUACACAAGUUUACGGAUCAAACGGGCAGGCUGUGGACAUCCCUUGCGACAUACUGGAUCACUCUUGGCGAUUUCGAGCGUGCACGCAAUAUCUUUGAGGAAGGGAUUGGCUCUGUUGACACGGUGCGUGACUUUGCACAGCUCUUUGACGCCUAUGCCGAUUCUGAAGAGUUUCAAAUAUCCAAGUUGAUGGAGAAGACUGCUGCAGAGGCAGAAGAAGGUAAACCUGCAGAUCCGGAGAACGAUACUAUUCUUGAUAUGCUCAUGUUGCGCUUCGAGCAAUUGAUGGACAGACGCCCAUUCUUGCUGAACGAUGUUCUGCUUCGUCAGAAUCCGCAUAAUGUUCAUGAAUGGGAGAAACGUGUCGAGCUUUGGGGUGAAGACAAGAAUCAGAUUGUGGCCACCUACACACGAGCCAUUCAGACCAUCAACCCGAAAAGAGCUACGGGAAAAUAUCCAUCCCUUUGGCGCAACUUUGCACGCUUCUAUGAGGCACAUGGCGAUUUGGUCUCAGCUCGUAAAAUCAUGGAGAAGGCUACCCGAGUCGUCUACAAGAGCGUGGGUGAUUUAGCAGAAGUCUACUGCGAGUGGGCUGAGAUGGAACUGCAGCACGAAGCAUUCGAUCGAGCGAUGCAAAUUAUGAAGGUCGCGACUCAAGCGCCUCAGCACUCAAGUGUCGAUUAUCGAGAUGAGACGCUGACUCCACAAGAACGUUUGCAUAAAAGCUCCAAGGUUUGGAUGUUUUACGUUGACUUGGUCGAGAGUGUCGGUACACUUGAAGAAACACGGCAUAUCUACGAUCGCAUGCUGGAACUGCGUAUUGCGACACCGCAAACAAUUGUCAAUUAUGCAAAUAUGCUUGAAGAGAAUGGCUACUUUGAAGACAGUUUCCGCAUAUAUGAGCGGGGUGUCGACCUCUUCUCCUACCCGGUCGCCUUUGAGCUCUGGAAUCUCUAUCUGACACGCUUCUUGAAGCGCUUCAAGGGCUCACAAAUGGAACGUGCACGCGACUUGUUCGAGCAAGCCCUUCGCAGUUGUCCGCCCAAAUUUGCGAAACCGAUCUAUCUACUAUAUGCGAUUGAUUUGGAGGAGCAGUAUGGUCUUUUGCGUAACUGCAUGCGCAUUCUCGAUCGUGCCACCCAGCAGGUUGAUCCGUCCGACAAGGCGGAAGUGUUUCGCCUGUACAUUGCCAAGAUGGCUCAAUCGCAUGGCUUGACGGCUACAAGACCGCUCUACGAGCGUGCGAUACAAGAGCUUGACGAUGCAGGUGCUCGUGCAUUCUCUGCGCACUUCGCCAAAAUCGAAGCGAAGCUCGGUGAGAUUGAUCGAGCGCGAGCCAUUUGGGCGCAUGGAUCGCAAUUUGCAGAUCCGCAGCUUGUACAGGAUUAUUGGCAGGCUUGGCAUGACUUUGAGGUGAAGCAUGGGAAUGAGGAUACGUAUGCGGUCAUGUUGCAGGUGAAGCGAAGUGUGCAGGCUGGAUUCAGCACAGAUGCCCACUACAUUGCGAAGCAGAUUGCACAAGCGCAGAAUGGGGACAGCAGUAGUGCUGUUGUGGAAGAGGAGGUGGAUCAAGGGGAAGAUCCUAUGGCUGCCCUUGAGAGGCAUGCGCCCUCUAGAGCUCCUGCCGGAUUUGUAUCCGGCGGUGUCCAGGGUGCUAAGCUGAAGGAGACACAAGAUGCAGAGAGAGCAAGAUUGGAUGAGCCUGUUUCGAACCCAGAUCAAAUUGAGCUCGAGGACGACGAGGACGAGACAUAG